AUGCAACAACCUAUCACCGAAGAUCCAUUAGACAAGGAAGGCGUUUUGCAUCACUUGUUGCAACAGUGUUCCCGAGAAGCUCUUUGUGCUUGCUCACAAGAGUCCCUCAAAUUCUUAGCAACGCUUUUCAGACAACAGUACCCGCAACGUAUUCUUGUGGAUCCUUCUGAGAAUGUAGAGGCUUUUCUGGAUACCUUGUUUGAGCAUGGUUUUUGCGUUCAAGCUGCAACUGGUAAUGAUGAUGGGAAAUUUAAAGAAGAAUUGGAAAGAGUUGUAGGGGUGUAUAAGGAAACGUUUGAAACAAAGGAAAUGAUUCAAGCGGUUGAGUCCAGUUACUUGCUGUUCCCUCAGGGGCAUGACCGCUUAGAAGAAGAUACCUUUCAGGUCAUUGCAGAUCUCUAUCAUCAUGCUUUGGAUCAAGGUGGUGCUAUUCGUCCCACCAUUCGUCUAUGCAAAAAACGAGAAGGCUUUUCUGCUCAGCUCUGUCGCAGAUUAAAAAUGUAUGAUGAAUUUCUUCGUCGUUUGCACGUGAUGGAAAACAGACUGGCAUCCACAGAAGCUGCGCUCACCUCAAGAAUAGAAGCUGCUGAGUCGGCUCUUGAAACCACUCAAGCCGCACUUGAAACCACACAAUCAACCCUCGGAACCACUCAAGCAGCUCUUGAAACCACUCAAGCCGCACUUGAAACCACACAAUCAACUCUCGGAACCACUCAAGCAGCUCUUGCAACCACUCAACAAAGAGUAAAGCAACUGGAGAGAAUCGUGGGCAGGGUAAAAUCGCUUGUUGAUGAAGCUGGUGUCAAUAAUGCAAUCAAUAACACAAUUAGUCAUGAUGAGCUAGCAGUAAUUUGUUUUUAA